AUGUCUUCAGAGGUGGAUAGCACCGAGAAGAGACCCAUCACGACCGAUGUCCCAGCACAAAAUCCUCCCCCUGACGUGGCAGAGAUAUAUCAUCUGCCUGUGGAAACCCGAGACAAACCACUCAUGCCACCGCCGACCCACGACUCCCUCGAUCCCUUGAACUGGUCCAAGCUGCAGAAGUACAACGUCAUCGGUAUUGUCUGCUUCUUCUAUUUCCUGUUGACCUAUUUGACCACUGCCCCCGUGCCCUCGUUCUCGCUGCUCGAGGAGCAAUUCGAUGCCUCGUACAAUCAAGUUAACUGGUCCUUCGGCAUCUCUGCCUUUGGUCUCGCCUUUGGCCCUCUGGUCACCUCGUCGCUGGCAGAGACCUAUGGCCGCCGAGUGGUGACCAUUGCUGCCACAGCAAUCGCAGUUCUCGCUAGCGGUUGCACCUCGAUCAAAGGACAAUCCAUCGGCCAGUACAUGGCAGCCAGGUUUUUCCAAGGGUUUGCGGCCGGCCCUGCAGCAAACGUGGGGCUUAGCAUCAUCAAUGACAUCUCGUGGGAGCAUGAGCGAGGUUACCGAAUCGGUCUCUGGGCAAUGUCUGCAAACAUAGGAAGUGUUCUGGGUGGUCUCGUUGGCGGAUUCAUCGCCACGGUGAAUCAAUACUGGGUGGCCUACCACGUCACCAUCGCCUUUGCAUUUCUCCUGGUAUGGGAGCUUUUGUUUCUGCCAGAGACCCAGUAUCCUCGGGCGUACGUGGUGGCUCUCGAGCAGCAACAAGCGGCUGCCACGGCGCGAGGGGAAAACUUGCAGAAUACCGUUGUCGACAUCAAAAGGACCAAACAACUCCCCUGGCUGAACAUCCGCAAAAUCCCAGGCGUCCUCCAUCCAAAACCUUGGGCGACCCUAAUCACCUUCUGCAAGCUGUGGGCAUAUCCCAAGCUGGUCGCCAGCCAAGGCAGGAUUGUCGCCCUCCUCUCGAUGAUCCCUGCUGCGUAUGAAGAGUACAAGAUCCAGAUCCAAGGGUUGUUCUUCACAGGAGCUUUGGUGGGCGUCAUCUUCGCCGAGAUAUUCUGCUCGGGCAAUUUGAGCGAUUGGAUCGUUGCCCGCCUCGCGCGGAAGAACCACGGCCAGCGGACGCCAGAAAUGAGGCUGUGGUUGGGAUAUCCCGGCGCCAUACUCUCUGCCAUCGGGCUGGCAGUCUGGGGAGCUUCAGUUCAAGAAGAAUGGCAUUGGAUGGUUGGUCAGGUGGCUCUCUUCCUGUUCGCCGUCGGCCUUCAAGCGGGUAACACGACAUUGUCGACAUAUAUUGUGGACAGCUACCCGGAGCACGCCAUUGAGGUCAUAACAUUUUAUUCCGUCAUCAUAAAUAUGUCCGCGUUUAUCGUGCCCUGGUACAUUUACGACUGGGCCGCCGCAGUGGGAUAUGGAUGGUGCUUCGGCACCCAGGCAAUCAUUUGCGGUAUUUGCCUCCCACCCAUUUAUUUCGUACUUCAUCGAUGGGGUGGCCGGUGGAUAAAGCCCAUCGUGCUUUCGUCCGACGAGUUGCCCGACGUAUCAAGCUUCGAAAGUAGUGUUGGUCAAGAAAAAUGA